CGUAAUGUUUGUACAUAGGAGCGAUUGGUCGAUCUAGGUCAUGUGACUAAGGUUUGACAGCCGCCAUAUUGUUCAGCUUAAUCCAGGUGAAACAAAAUCAGAGAAAGUGCUUUUGCGUGAAAAUCGACGAAAUGGGUGACGAAAACUUGUUUCCAAGGCUGUGUACGAUACGAAAGUGGCCCGACUUUGCAGGGUUUGGUUUUAACCUUCACGCUGAGAGGGGUCGGGCUGGACAAUAUAUCGGGAAAGUGGAUGACAAUUCGCCAGCCCAGGCGGCGGGUAUGAAAGAAGGGGACAGGAUAGUGGAAGUAAAUGGGACCAAUAUCGGCAACGAAAAUCAUUCGCAAGUUGUCAAUCGAAUCAAAGCAUCAGGGGACGAAGUGACCAUGUUGCUAGUGGACGCCGAAACUGACAAGCACUUCAAAGACCUUAAAAUGGUUGUUUCGAGCGACAUGGACGAGGUAGUUCGAUUGGUGACCCCUCCCCGCUCGGGAGACGAUGUUGAAGAUGGUGAAAAGUCGGCUGAUGAGGAUGACAAGUCAGAUGAUCGACCGCCCAGUGAGGAGCCACCACACUACAGUGAUGUCCAGCAUGACCAGGAAGAGGUGCCAUCUAGCCCUGAACCUGAGCCAGAGCAAGUUGUUACCAAGGCCCCGGUGAAGCAUGACUUCCAUCCACGGCUCUGUCACAUUCGCAAAUGGCCUGAUUUCCAGGGUUACGGUUUCAAUCUGCAUGCAGAGAAGGACAAGAAGGGCCAGUACAUCGGCUUGGUGGAUGCCAACUCGCCUGCAGAGGACGCGGGCCUCAAGAAGGGAGACCGGAUCAUUGAGGUGAACGGAGACAACAUAGAGGAUGUCUCCCACCAGCAGGUGAUCCAGAAGAUCAAGGCAGGUGGCGAGGAGACCAUCAUGCUCGUGGUGGAUCCCGACGCAGACGACUUCUACAAGAACAAUGGCAUCACCAUCACAGUGAACCUUCCGGAGGUCAUCAAAGGGGAGACCAAACCAAGAACUGCUUCAGCCUCUGCCUCCAAGUUCCAGCCACGCCUAUGUCACAUCAUUAAGUGGCCAGAUUUCAACGGCUACGGCUUCAAUCUUCAUGCAGAGAAAGAACAAGGCGGUCAGUACAUUGGCAAGAUUGAUGCAAACUCCCCUGCUGAGGAGGCUGGCCUCAAGGAAAAUGACAGAAUUGUUGAAGUGAACAAUGUUAACAUUGAAAGUGAAUCGCAUGGUCAAGUGAUAAGCAGAAUCAAAGCGGGUGGUGAUGAGACCAAACUGCUGGUUGUGGAUCGUGAGGCAGAUAAUUACUACAAGAGUAAAGGCAUACCAGUGUCCUCAUCUCUUCCCGAAGUUAAACGCAUGUCCACAACAAGGCGCUCUCCAAAACCAGGUUCUGCUGUCACCAAUGGCAGCCAUUCUACCAAAGUGUCACAGAAUGUGUCCCAGCCUGCCAGAACGGAGCCUGCCAAAGUUGCCCCGGCACAGGCCAAUGGGGGCGACCUGUUGUCUAUGAACCUAUCAGCCAAAGAAAUGAGGGAGCGCAUUUCAAAGAAGAAUAAACACGACGCAAAAACAGCCGGUGACUUCAAAUCGAAAUAUGAGAUUUUCCAAAAAAUGUGAUUUGCCUGCGGUUAUUUAAUCUGUGGUCAUGUUAAGUGUGCAAACUUUGAACUGUGCACGAAUUUCUUUGUUAUAUGAUACUUAUAAGAUAUUCUAUAAAGUGAAGAGCAAAAUCUAUUUUCAAUUCAUAUACUAUGUUGGUCAAAUGUUAGUGAGCUUUUAUUUCUUAGUCCAAACUUUUUUCUAUCAUGAUAGAUACAAACUAAGUUUUAUAUCUGUUGUAGAAGUGUGUUGUUCUUUUGUCAAAUUCAGUACAUUCGUCCAAUGUGUUUUUUUACAUAUUAAAGGAUUCCAUCUUUUGGUGCUUAGCUUUAACUUUGUAUUCUUUAUCAAGUAAGACUGGUCUUUCAGUUGAAUCAAAUGAUUGAUGUAAGUUUUUUUGUCGAUUAUUUUUCUGAUAACUUUGGUGUUAAAGUUGAAGGCUCAGAUAAGCUUGACAAAAUGUGUUAUAAUUUGUUUUAUGAUAUGCAGGCUUGAUGCACACAAAAAUGUGAUUUUUUAAGAAUUGUUAUGAAUAAAUAGCGUAGGUUAGUGUAUGUAUGUAUGUAUAUUAAGAGUUUUUGCACAAUGCUGUACGAAAAAACUUGCCAUGGUUUACCUUGUAUGUAACUGAAACUUUAUUCAGCUUUCUAUUGCAUAUGAUAUGGACACAAUACCAAUUUGUUCAUUUUCAUAAGGAAGUUAGAAACUGUAUACUGACUAGCACACUUAAACAUUUACCAAGACAGACUUGACCUGUGGCAUGAGUAUUUACAUACAAUAAUGCACAUAUUAAGUACAGUGAUUGUGUAAAUGGUUUGUGAUGUUGAUUGCCCAAUAUUAUUAUUUCACAUCCUAUAUGGUAACUGAUUUGCCGAAUACCUAUGUUAACAACAAGUUUAUUGUGUAUGCAUGUUACUGACACUCCGGUAUAAUCUGCACCUGACUGCACCUCAUUUGCACAAUCAUGUUGGAUGUUCAUUUCUGUGUGAAGAUAUGCUUUAUAAUGGGUUUUGUGUGACAUGUAAGCCCUGAAGCUUGGUCUCUGUGAUUCAUAGACUUUCACUUAUUGAUAUAAAUAUGUGGAAUGCUUAGAGUAAAUAGAAAUUGAUAAAACAAUAUAUUGUAAUUAUAAUAUACUGUAAAAGCCUUGUUAAAUUCACAGAGUUAAUGCUAUUUUUUGCAGAAAUGUUUUUAAAAUCAUGUUGAAAUGGCUAUAGCUUUACUAGCUUACUGAUACUUACCGGUACUAUUUAUUGGUUUAGUUUGAUCCUUUGCUAAACAAGAGAUGCCAAAAUACAACAACUUACACUUGAAUGAUUUAUUGUGUGUAGAAAGAGCUUGUAUAGAAGUUGUUACAACAUGCAACUUACAACAGGGAAGAACAUUUCUUAUUGUUUGUACUUUUUUUUAAGUUGUGAAACUUUUAAUUAAUGAAAAGUGAUAACUGGUUGUGUACACUUAAAAAGCAUUGAUUGCUUCCCGGUAUUCUUGAAUCUAUUGACACAACUCAUGUAGGUCAUGCUAUGUUUUUUAUCAUCUUUCCUCAUCAUUUUUACAGUAACAAUCCUUUAUACUUGAUUCAGAGCAAUUGUUAAACAUUCCAAGCUUUUUUUUUAUAUGAGCAUUAGAGCAGAUUUUUGAAAUUAUUCCUAUAGUUUCAUUUUAAAUCAAAUGCCAGCAUUAAUUUCUUUCCAUGCGGUUCAGGAAACUGCAUUUUAUCUGUCAAACUGCUGUUAUGAUUCCAGGGCCCUGUAUCCCUUUGCAUGCUGGGAAUUUUGUCGUCUGCUAAAAUGUUGUCUGCUGAAUUUCUAAAAUUAGCAUUUUCUUCGAUUUUUUUUAAAGAGUACUAUCAGAAUAGCAAACAGUUUGGAUCCUGAUGAGACGCCACGUUCGGUGGCGUCUAACCUGGAUCCAAACUGUUUGCAAAGAUCUUCAAAAUUCGGUUCAAGCACUGAAAGAAGUAUUGGUAUCUCUACAUUAGCUCACUAUGGAGAGUAUUUGUAUCAAUGUAUACCGGUAUAUGUUAGAAGUAGUUUAUGUUUAAUCAGAUGUCCUUCUCACACACUAGACCUUUUUGGUUGUGUUUUACAAAUUGAUAUACAAUGUUUCUUUUAGUGGAUGUGUAAUUAAUAAGCCAUAACAUGCUAUUUUUUCAUCAAUAAUUCACUGUGAUCAUGUACUUCUAUUUGUAAUUCAAUAAUGAAUAAAUAUAUAUAUAUGAAAUUAUAUAGGUAACUUAUAGAGUUAUUAUAAAACGAUGUUGUUGUGUUAGUAGCAGCAUAAACCGCUGUAUCAACACAUGCAAGUUCUAAGGCCAUACUUUUAAAACAACAUUGGCCGACUCUUGCAGGUACUUUGUCCCGCCUGUGUUUGCUCAUUUGCAUAUUUUUAUGUUGUCUUACAAAACAUACUGGCUAACUAUUGUUAAUGCAUGUUUAACCAAAGUCUUUGUUAAUUUUGAAAUUAUAGUUAUGUAAAUAUCAGUACAUCCCUAAUCUUUGUGAUAAAGACCUGAUACAGACCCUACCAAUAUCUAUGCUUUUGCCAGAUCUGAGGUUACAAAUUCCUGUCACAUCCGUGUACGUUCCCCAGAUGUCUGUUCUUGUUCGUAUUCAGAUUUUCAGACCAUCCUCAUUCUUGUUCUUUGCAAAAGCACAUCCCAAAUUAUGGAAAAAAACACGAAUCAUGCUUUUAUCAGAUCGAUGCAUAGAAGUGUUCAAUAAAAGUUUACUUCUUGAUUGCUUUCAUUGAGCUGUUACAAAGGUAAGCAUCUAUGCAUGGAACAUGCAAUUAAUUACCAUAAUUGCCUAAAUACCUAACAAUCUGUGCACAACAGCUACAUUCAUGACAACACCCUGUUCCCACUAGUUCUGUUGGUGUUGGGUUACUAUGGUCACUAGGCAACAAGGUCAACUGUUGGUUGUGGAAUGUGUCGAGUUGAGGCAUGUAAAGCUCUGCACUAUAUGGGUAGAAUGCUCUUAAAUUCAUAUUGAAGGUUAUGUUGAUUAUAGUUUAUCAAAGUUUAAAGUUUUCAAAACUGUAUUAAAGGUUAUGUUCUUAAGUAUGUAACGAAGGUUCCUUUAUCUGUAUUGAAUACCAUACUGGGUUACAUUUUUCCAUUGGCUGAUAUACACAGAGUAAAAUGUAUUAACCUACAUAAUUUAGAUAACAUCGUAGCUUUUUUUCAGUGUAAUUCAUAUUUUGAAAAGUUUGAAAUCUCGUUAACAAAGCAAUUUUCAUGUCCAUUGAUUUACUCAAAAAACAUUUUUCAGCUCAAAGAUGUCAGUAAUGCUGUCUUGUUGGUUGUGUACUGUACUACAUUUGUAUGUUCUGUUAGAGAUGCACGCCUCACCAAUAUGUUGUGGCAUGAUUUACAUUACACUUGUGAUGUGGGUAUAAUGCUAAAGCUGUUAUGUAUAUGUUGGCCAGUGCCUGUUUUGUAUGUGACAUAUUCAUCAUAUCCUAAUAUUCCAGGAACAAAGUAUCUAUAUAUAUAUAUAAAUAUUUUGUUACAAUAAAGACAAUUAUUAUA